AUGUUACAAACUUCUGAAAUACUUCUCCUGCAUGCUCUCGCUUUCCUGCCCUUGUCCUCCCAAAUUCAACACGCCGGCGACCUGGUUGUCAUUACCUCCUCAACUCCUCCUGUCCUGGCUCCAAGCCACCAUCGCACCGCUUGGCCCUUGCGGAUCCGCCAGGCUUGGAUUGAUUUCUUCUUUUGCUUGGAAGGAGUAUCCAGUUAUUUGAUGAUAAUGGAACCAAAGCAUUCAGCUGAAAUGUGCAAGCAUCUGGAGAAGCAAAAUCAAGCACUAAUGGGAACAUACCGAGCAAUGUCCCACGAGUUGUAUAAACUUCAGGUAGAGGAAGAAACAAUCAUGCGCGAACUGUAUGAGCUUAUGUCUGCAGAAGGUCUUCUUCCAAAGCACAAGAAAGAAAAGCAACUGGAGAGAGAUGCCAAGGAAUCAACUCCGGUAGGAAAACAAUGGACAGAACCAUAGAAAGCAAACUUCAAUUUGAAAUGUUGAUCUUGCACUGGGUUCCUAUCCAUUCCAAUGCGAUACCCUGCCACUGCAACUCAAGUUUCAACUAUGUUUUAGAUAUUUGGUGGCAACUUCAGAUGUUGGCAUGAUCUGUAUUUUCCGACUGCAUAAAGGAAUGAACCUUACAGUUUGUUUUGUGAGGAGUCAUUUUAUUGUUUAUCUGUUGCAACCAGAUUCACCAUUUUUCCUUUUCACGCUUAUCUUCUCAAGAGGUUUCUGUAUUUUAAGAUGGGUUUCCUCGCUGUAGAGCUAGUUGUUCCCUGACGCUUUGGAAACUUUGAGUGUGAUCACUUUUUACGGAAUUGUGAAGUUUGUAUCUGUAUCUACAAUCGGAAUAUUUGGAUGCCAAGGGAAGUGUUCAACUGUGCUA